CACAACGUUACGUUACCUCGUGGAGAAUCGUACAAAUUGCGUCCGUAAGACGCGAACAAACGAUUCGUCGAAUACGCGAUAUCGCGGUGUGGUAGGUACCGAUUACGAGGCGACCUCGACCGCGACCUUGGCCUGCUGACACGCGAGCACAGCCCUACCAUCGUCGCGACGCGGCGCACCCACGUAUAAGUUUGUUCGAUACGCCUACCGUUUCUCCGAUUCUCGGAUAUACAGCGUAACAAGCUGGUACUAACGGCAAGACAUCGGGUAUUCGUCGCGCGCUGUAUAGAUUCAUUCCUAGACAGACGGGAAAAAUUCUCCGAGUUGAAAUACUCGAUUCUACGAUGUCUAACGAACGGCAUCGCAACGACGAUAAAGGUACGCGAACCGAGGCGAGGCGUUUCCACGAUAAGCAACGAGAGCGAGUCGGAGAGCAGCGACCGUUCCGGGGGGUUCUCGGGCUCGCAGCCUACCCCAAUGUCCGGUCGAUUCUCCAAGGUAACGGGUUCGUCGAGCGGUUGUAUCGCUACCAAUCGUGAACGAACGGCCGCGGCAAACAGUCGCGUCGCAAACUUCAUUCGCACCAGAGACUCGUUCGAAGGGCUGCGUCAAUUUCCGGGAGUCCCGUCCUACGGUUACGUUUUCUUCGAACGGUUUUUCGCGAGGCAUUUGAAAAUUCUAAUUCGACCAAAUUUCGCUACAAAAUCGGGCUGGUGGUCUUCUCUCGGUUCAACGUUAGCGAAUCCGGUCGGUGUACGCAGUCUACGACCCUUCGACGAAACGCGUUAUCGCGAUCGUUCCGUGUCGAUCUGACUUUCGCCUAUGUCGCGUCACUCGCCAGCCUCUGGAAAUUCUCCUUCGGCGCGAUUUUGUACAAGAGCGUCGAACCGCACCAAAAGUGGCCCAUCGAUAAAAAUCAAGUUGAAAUGUCCGACGGUGCGCGAAUGGUUCGAUCGAUCGAUCAAGCAUUCGACUUGCAGCGCGAUACCGAGUGAACAUCGAGUUCGAGGCGAGACGGGGAAAUGCGAGAAAUCUGUCGAUGCAGGGCUCGCGCUGCCGCUCGCGUUGCUCGGCCGGGCCGAAACAUUUCUUGCCUGCAACGAGCACGUCCUUGCCCUGGAAGACUUGGCUCUGCUCGAAGAGAUCGAGCUUCCGGAGCAGCUACGGAAGGAGCUUGCAAGGAAAAAGGAGGAGUGUGAGAGAUUCUUGCGGGCAAACGAAAAGAGUCUGAUUACCGUUAAGGAACACUCGCAACGAGAAAAAGUUGCUCGCGUCCCCGAUACGAAACCAGUGCCGGGUAGUUUGACGGGAGGCGAAAAUCCGCUACUUCCGGGCGCGUCGGCUCUGUUGGAAAUCGAAGAAACCGCUCGAGCGGGGAAGCGAGCGAUCGCGGCGAAAGAGAUCGGUCCAGGCGACACGCUGGUGAUCGAGCCACCGCUCGCUGCUUGCUUGCUACCAGAAUAUUUUGGCACUCACUGCCACCACUGUUUCUCGAGAUUGAGAAAUCCGAUAGGAUGUCCGGACUGUAGCAGCGUUGCGUUCUGCGGCAGAGCGUGCAGAGACACGGCGAUCGCAACCUAUCACCGAUACGAGUGCAAGAUCCUGGCGCUGGCGAUAGGUUCGGGGAUGAGCGCUUUGAGCAUGCUCGCGUUGCGAAUGGUCACCGGUAACGGUCCGAGCAAGUGCGCCGAGAUUUACGAAUCGCUGAGACGUGGAAAUCGCGAGUCCGAAGGAGCCGCGAAGUCGUCGUUGAACGAUCGAGCAGAGACCGAGCCGUGGACGAAGCCGAGCAGGUCGGCGAAACGACGUAUUAGGAAGAAAAAGUUGCGCGACUCGAGAUACCGGGACCGGGAGACAACCGAAAUCGAGGAACAACGCGAGAACCGCGUCGAUUUGCGAGCGUACGAGCUGGUGAGCCACGAGAACGAACGGACGCCGACGGACUUGUUCGAGCGAUCAUUGAUGGCGGCGUUCUUACUCAAGUGUCUGCAGAGAGUCGAGUUUUUCGAGAAACCCGCGAAAGACGAUGUUCCCCCGGGCGAACAAGAGAUCGGGGUGGCCGUGUUGUUGCUCAAGCAUCUACAGUUGCUGCAGUUCAACGCUCACGAGGUGUUCGAGACUCGACUCGGGCCGGAACACCGGUUCCGUGGCAGCCGACCGAUCUACCUCGGGGUGGCCAUUUAUCCCACGGUCGCUCGAUUCAAUCACGACUGCUACCCGGCGGUAACCAGGUACUUUGUCGGUCGAUGCAUCGUGAUUCGGGCUAUUCGCAGCCUGAAGCCCGGGGAAGUGGUCGCCGAGAAUUAUGGGCCGAUAUUCACCAAGAGAAACUUGGACGAACGCCGGCGAACUCUGGCCGGAAGAUACUGGUUUCGCUGCGAGUGCACGGCCUGUCGAGAGGAUUGGCCUCGUUUCGAAACAUUGACCAACGAUCGCGUCAAGUUAAGAUGUCCGACGGAAGGAUGCGAGAAGCUUCAUAGGCUACCGCGGGACCCGAGCCGAGCCGUCGAAUGCUCCAGCUGUCGGCGAAAAGUCGAUCUGUUCGAAUCGGUCCAAGGUUUGCGCGCUUGCGAGGAUCUCUACGGUCGUGGAUUCGCGGCAAUGGACGAGGAGCAACCCGAGAGGGCCUUGGAGGCGUUCUUCGAGGUGGCGAGAAUGUUUCACAGAAUCGCGGUGCCUCCCCACAAGGACACGCACUUGGCCGAGAUAGCGGCGAGCGCGUGCAUGGCCAACGCUGGCAACGUUUGGCGUCAGAUUCCUCUAUCGAACCCGAAUCGUACACAAACGCGUACCUCCUCCUCGUGAAAUAACAACUAUUCGCGACCUUUAGUCGAAAUUGCGAAUACGUAAGAUAAAUACCAACGUACUCUUUGUAAAGAAAGGAAUAAAUCGAUCGAGCCUCCUCUUGACAUCCUAUAAUACACAUAUGUACACGUAUACUCGCAUUUCGUGUUCCAUCUCUGAAUCCAAGGAACUCUUGUUUCUUCGCUGCGACACCUUGCAAGAUUACGUUUCCACGAUUUUCACGUUGAAAAUCCAAAGGAAGGGACGGUCGGGUAUAAACGACACGUACUCGAUGCUCGGUUCGUCGAUUUUGCGAUUUUUUUGGCAUUUAUUUUUUAUAAUGCACAUGUUUCGUGAAAAAAUUAAAUUCCAUAUAUGAAAUUAGCUUUUUCAAAGUUUCGCUUACCGUAUAAAAUUCACUGGGUUAAAGGGUUUGGGAUUCGAGGAAAAGGGACAAGGAUGAAGGUGGGUUUGUAGGGUAGGCAGCCAGUCGAUGGACGACGCCUCGGAUCCGCCUCAAUGACGCGGCGUGACGCGACGCGAUGCGCUCGCCGAGGUCUCUCUCUCCUCCGAGAGGAGAGAUCGACGCGUAUCUUCGAUUCGUACCGCAUUCACUCCCAAUCGUUUUCCGACCUAUCCCAUAGUCCGAGACGAUAUUACGCAGCGAUCUUUUCGAGAAAAAAACUGAGUCGAGCCUAAUUGACUGUCGAAAAGUGGGAGUACACGUAGCGUCGUGUCGCGUCGCGUCUCGUACCUGUUCUCCGAAUCGCGCGACGAUCCCUGGAAGAAUCGCGUACCGAUUCCCCGGGGAUCGCGUUGGAGAAAUUCGAAGCAGGAUGGCGCGACGUCGAUCGUCAAAAUUGGACGAUCGAGGAGCUCGACCGCGAAGCGACAAGGCCGCCUCGCGUAUCGAGCAACUUCCUAUCCGAGACUCGAUCGUCGUUCAACCGUAAGCGGUUUCGCCGUUGCGACGCACGCGUCCGAGUUUUUCAGUCGCGAUAGCGACGAGCAAUGGCGAUUACGAUCGCGCGAGACUACGCAAACGCGAACACCGCGUUACAUGUAUUGCGCGAGUACGUUUCAGUCCGCUUGAUUCCUCUUGUUCGCAUAAUUUCUUUGCUUCUAUUUCUUGUUACUCCGAUAUUCACUUUCAACACAUGCAUUGUUCUUUUUUCGCAUUCAAUUACAAUGUUCGCUUCGUAAGCGUUUACUUUCUUUCUUCGUUUUACUCUUUUCCUCGCCGUCGACGACUCUUUUUCAAUUUUCUUCUCGCGUUCUUCUACUUUGUACUUCGUGGGAGGUCACGGUCGCGAUAGUUUUACGAGAAACGGAAUAGCGCGCGAAAAAAAGACCAAACCGACAGUUUACGUUGACGAACAACGUAUCUCUUCCAUGGAAAUCUUCGCUCUUUCGAGCACAAUUUUCAAUCUACCGCAAAGCAACGCGACCGGCGCCAUGUAUUCUCCCACUCGGCACGACACUCACGCGCACACUCUCUUCAGUUUCCGUGGUAGAUACUCGUAUCAUUGCACGUUUCGAACCCUGUCGCGCCAACGAGAGUAGAACGACCAAGAUGCUAGUCUUUACGACGAUCGCGACGACGAUAACGAACGACAUUGAUAACGACGACGAACAACGAUAACGUUAACUAAGAAAAAUAAACAAACGAGAUCCAGCGUGCGUUUGAGCUAAAAAAGAAAA